AUGCUGUCGCAAUAUUAUUUGGAAGCUGCUCUUUUGGCAACGACAUUGUGGCUGCCCGGCUUUGUGUGGGUAUGGCGGUGCCACCGCUAUUGGUUUGGCAGGAAGUGUGCUGGUCCAGACGUCAUACUUAUUCCUCCUCUCUGCUUGUUUGGGUGGUGCUGUGGGAUAGCUUGGCUUUGGGCCCCUGUUGGUUUGAUCGCUUCAGUCUUUGUCUUCGUGGCCUUCCACACUUAUUGUUUGCUUCGGCUCCUCAUGCAAGUGGCAGACGUACGCUGCGGAAAACAGGUACCAUUCCCAAUUAGGAGACAGGCGUUCGCCUUGUAUGAGCUCUACAUGCGUGACACGCGGAUCUGGGGCGACAGCCUCAGGUUGGGGUUGUGCCUCGUCCUGGUUUUUGGCCCUGCCGGGCUGAAGUGUUUGCAAGUCACCAGCCCUUUGGGCUUGGCGGCCGUGGCGAGCGCAGUGCUGGCCCUGGCGUCGUCUUGCGUCCCCUACCGGGGGCGCCUGGCAUCGGAGGCCUUGAUCUUUGAAGAUAUCAUGGAAUUGGAUGAGUCCCGAUUCAUAGGUCAGCAUUGGCGCAUCUCAAUUCCAGCAGUCUAG